AUGUUUUCCAUGAAACCUUGGAAGUCCCCUGACCCCAACGAAUUUCCUGCGGGUUUUUUUUUUCCAGAAAUCGUGGGAGUUACUGAGGAGAAAAUGGUUUGUGUUAUGGAUACUCUUAAUAAAUUCUGUAGCUUAUCAGGCCAGGAGAAAGCGUCGUCAUUGUUGUUUGCUGGCCAAACUAUUCUUGCCAAAAGUGUUCUUGAGGCUAUACCAAUUUAUCCAAUGAUGACGAACUUACUUCCAAAAGCUUGUAUUAAAGAGAUUCAGAAAAUGCAGCGAAAUUUCAUUUGGGGGGAUACCACUAGCAGUAAGAAAUUGCAUGAUGUCAAUUGGAAUAUAGUUACUACUCUUAAGGAUCAUGAUGGUCUAGGUCUUAAAGACCUCGGCGCCAUGAAUGCAGUGUGUAUUAUGAAAUUGAGUUGGAAGCUUAUAAAUGAUGCUGAGGAUUUAUGGUGUAAUAUGCUAAAGGGAAUCUACAAGGAGGUGCACUUGUGCAAAAAUCCUAUAAAGAAGACAAUAUGA